UAACAAAUGUGACAGCCAAAUAAAAGAAAAAAAGAAGAAGACAAAUAAGAUGACAAUAACCUUACUUUUUGAUUUAAACAAUUAAAUUUUUAAUGUUGUAAAUUAUCUUUAUUAAUUAGGGCUAGUGGGUAUAUAUUAUGUAAGACUAUCUUUAAUAACGUCAAACUCCUUUCGCUUAUCCUUGCUAAGAAUGACAAUGUUCAGAUCUUUUCAAAAGUUUCGUUUAAUUAGCAAUACACCUAAUGUCGCACAGUUUACAGAAUGUUUAUCAACUCAAAAAACUGCAUCCGAUUUAGAAAAACGAAGAGAGGAACUUAUGAAAAGGGGCCUUCCAAAGAAAAAAGCAAUAGAUGGUGUUAAAAAUAUAAUACUAGUAUGUUCAGGGAAAGGGGGGGUUGGCAAAAGCACUGUAUCAGUGAAUCUUGCAACUGCUUUAAAAUUAACUAACCCAAAUAAAGAAGUUGGUCUAUUAGAUACAGAUUGUUUUGGUCCUUCAAUCCCUAUAAUGAUGAACUUAAGUUCAAAACCGUAUGUUACAGAAGAAAAAAAAUUGACACCUCUAAUGAAUUAUGGAAUAAAAUGUAUGUCCAUAGGGUUUCUUGUAGAAAAAGACGCACCCAUCAUAUGGAGAGGUCUGAAAGUAAUGCAGGGCUUAGAAACCUUAACUAAACAUGUUUCUUGGGGAAAUAUUGAUUAUUUGGUAGUAGAUACACCUCCUGGCACUGGAGAUACUUUAUUAAGUUUGGUUCAAAACUUGCCUAUAACUGGUGUUCUUCUUGUAACUACACCUCAAUCAGCAGCAUUAGAAGUAACCAAAAGAGGUGCAGGCAUUUUUAAAAUUAUGAACAUACCAGUUAUUGGUCUUAUAGAAAAUAUGGCAUAUAUUAACUGUCCUUCCUGUUCAACUAAAAUUGAUAUAUAUGGUUCAGGUACUACACAGUUAGCGAAGGAUUUGGAAUGUGAUCUUUUGGGUAGCUUUCCCUUAGAUCCUUGCAUAUCUGAAAGCACAGAUAAGGGAACACCUAUAGCAGUAGAAAAUAUAUCCAGUGACUUAAGUAAAGUUUAUCAAGCAAUAGCAAAAAAAGUUAUGCAUUUUAUUGAUAAAAAUCCUAUUGUUGCAACAAGUACAAAAGAUGGUGAAGAGGAUAAUAAAUGAAAUAUAUAUUUAUGAAAAAACAAUUUUAAUAAUUUAUACUCUUUUUCUCGUGUCAAUGGUAAAUUACUAAUAAUAAAUAAAUAGAUAUUAGUUACAGUGAUGCAAUUCUAAAAAAAAUAUAUUAAGUGGUGAUU